AUGGACCGGCUCAAGGAUAUGCUGGUUGGCCAGAUUAAGGCUCUACGGCCGGCCUUCAUAUCCAAGCAGCCGCAUUUCAACUUCAUCUCGGCUCACUAUUUCUAUGUCAUCGGUCUCGCGCUGGUCGGAUCUGUCAUCGUUUUUGGUGCUGGCAAAGGCAAUAUUGCCUACAUCGAUGCUUUGUUCUUGGCGAGCUGCACCACCACCCAGGCGGGUUUGAACACGGUCGACCUGAACAUUCUCAACACCUUUCAGCAAAUCGUCCUAUAUCUGUGGCCGAUGCUGGCAAACCCCAUCACCAUCAACUCCUUUGUUGUCUUCCUCCGUCUGUACUGGUUUGAGAAGCGUUUCCAGCACAUCGCGCGCGAAGCCCGCUUGAGAAGAGGCACUCUCUCUAAGGCCAAGUCGAAGGCGGGACUUGACAAUGCCGACGCCGAGAAAGGCGUGAAUGGUCGCAAAAUCACCGUCAUGCUCAACGGUGCCCGAUCGCGAAUCACCAACGACGGCAUGCUGCUCGAAGGCAAUCGGUCGCUGGCAAACGAGCAACGGCGUGUUCCCAGCCCACAGCCCCCGAAUCAGACCAAGACAAAUAGCCCCGAUGAGACCUCGGAACCCCGCAAACCCGAGAUCAAGUUCGCUCACACCCUUACCAAGAGUGAUGGGUUGGGCGAGGACGCCGUCAAGCUUCCACCCGCGAGGUCUGACCACGAGCACAUCGCCUUUCUUGAACGCCAACGGAAAGGGGAUGACGAGGUGCUUCGGAUCCCAAACCCGAGGGACGCUGAACGAGGCAUGCUCCCGAAGCGUGUUGAGGCUGGAGACGACGAGGAACCCGAUGUCGGUGACGCGCCUGCAGGAGCCUCCGCACCGACAGCUGCGGCCGACAACCGCCAGCAGGCCAUCACCAUCGAGGAACCUGACCGGAACAAGCUGCAGCAAUCUGACUCAGAUGAGCUUCUCGAGGAUGCCAAAGCUGCUGCCCACGCUUUGUCGUUCCUCAAGCUGCGGAAACCUCGGUUCUUGAGCCGCACAAACAGCAAGUCUCACGGCACGGAAGCUGAUUCGUCUGCCACCGCUACCGCCGCCAGGACCAGAAGCCGCAGGCAAUCUUUCCAGUCCAUGCGGACCGCCUUUUCGAGGGAGAAAGUCGAGGGUACACCGUACCUGAGCUGGGAGCCCACCAUUGGCCGCAACUCCGCUUUUCCAGAUCUAACUGAGGAGCAGAGAGAGGAGCUCGGAGGCAUCGAGUACAGGUCUCUGAAAACCCUAGCCUUGGUUCUGACGGGCUACUUUUGGAUCUACUCGGCCAUCGGCGUCAUAGGUCUGGUCCCUUGGAUCUUAAACAUGGACAGCUACGGAGAGAUCGUUGACCAGGCUGGCGUGAGCCGGACUUGGUGGGCCUUCUUUACAUCGAGCUCGGCUUUCAUGGAUCUGGGCUUCACCCUGACGCCCGACAGCAUGAACUCGUUCAACACCGCCGUGUGGCCGCUGCUGCUGAUGAGCUUCCUCAUCGUCAUCGGGAACACAGGGUUUCCCGUUAUGCUCCGGUUCAUCAUCUGGGUCCUGUCUCACAUCACCCCAGCCGGCACUGGUCUCUACGAGGAGCUGAGAUUCCUGCUCGACCACCCUCGCCGAUGCUUCACAUUGCUUUUCCCUUCCGGCGCCACUUGGUGGCUCUUCUGGCUGCUCGUGAUUAUGAACGGCCUCGACGUCAUGUUUUUUAUUGUCCUCGAUCUCGGAAAGGGACCUGUCGUCGAUUUGCCCGCCGGCCUCAAAGUCCUCAAUGGUCUUUUUGAAGCCGUUGCCACAAGAACCGCCGGCUUCUCCUGCGUCAACCUCGCUGCGCUUCACCCUGCUGUCCAAUUUUCAUACAUGGUUAUGAUGUAUAUCUCUGUCUUCCCGAUCGCCAUCUCCGUCCGUCGCACGAACGUGUACGAGGAAAAGUCGCUGGGUGUCUAUAGCUCGCACGACGUCGAAGAGCAACCUGGACAGUCUGACUUGUCCUACGUCGGGUCCCACGUGCGCCGGCAGCUGUCCUUCGACUUGUGCGUCAACGCGUCGUUGUGCUCGCAGUUCUCUGUCGUCGGCAAACUCGUCAUUAUCGCCAUGAUGGUCCGUGGCCGCCACCGCGAUCUGCCCUACGGGCUCGACCGCGCUAUCCUGCUCCCCAGCGAGGCGCUCAACGCCCGGGAAGCGGCUGAUGCCGACGCUCGGAUGGCCAGGAUCCAAUCCCACGCAUCGGUCGCCACCGGCGGGCCGCGGGGCUCCAGUGUGGGCCGGCGCAAGAGCAUGAACGGAGACCGCGGUAACAUCCUCGCUUCGCUGUUGCACCCGGGCCCGGCCGUCCCCGUUGACCCCGUCAUGACCGAGAUCCACCGCACAAAGUCGACCGAACCCAACGACGAAGAGCUCGACUCCCACGCCACGCGCGUCACCUCGCGGCGCACAGAGCCCGGCGUCUCACGCCGGCACGACCCGGCUUUAUACAUACACCGGCCACGGACUUCGGCCGGGGAAGAGGACUGA